GGAUUCAUUCAUUCAUUCAUUUACUCGUCGACAUCAUCAAUUACAUGCAUGCAUUAUCAUACUUAUAAUAAUUCGUGAUGCUACUGCUUUCUUUGUGUUUAAUUCCAUUGAUUUAUACUUCUAUUCUGGUAUCAGGAUGGAAUAAUUACUGGGCUGAAGGUUUCCAGGUGCCGUUCCUACAGUCAGUUCAAGCUCCAUUACGACAAUGGGCCUCAUCACCCAAAAGCUCUGGAGGCGAUGCAGCCAUUACUCAGAGUCGAACUCUCACUCUGCGAAGCGUAUAUCAUCGCGGAACCAAAGAAUAUCCUGACUUACAUCGACGGCUCAAAAUCAAUCCCGAGAAGAUAAGGAAAGCGGCUCUUGAAGUUAGCGAUGGCGAAUCUGAAAUUGGGCCGUUUACCCUUCACACAGCUCCAAUAGGCAUCCACAGACUUCGAAAGCGAAGUGUACAAGAUAUAGAAGCUUUCAAUCAAUGGCCUGCCGACUUGCCUGCAUCGGCAUGGUCUGUUGAUGAUGUGUCGGCGCCAAAUGUGACGGACAAAUCCACUGUGGUCAACUUUGCUGUCAUGGCAGCAAACACCUACCAGCGAACUCCAGAUGACCCUCAAUGGGAAGACGUAAAACCUCCCUUCAAUCUUUCAUCUUCCAUUGGAUGGGAAUCGGAUGGUUUGCGGGGGCAUGUUUAUGCCGACGAUACAAAUACUACAAUCGUUAUCGCGUUGAAGGGUACAACUUCAGCUGUAUUCGAUGGGGCGGAAACAACUACAAAUGAUAAAGAGAAUGAUAAUCUGUUUGCGGGAUGUUGCUGUGGACAAGGUGGAUGGGGGCUACGAAAAGUAUGCGAUUGUAUGACGGCAACAUAUACAUGCAACGAAAUGUGUGUUUCUAAAGCAUUAAAGAAACCGAAUCGCUACUAUCAAGCUGCCGUGGAACUUUAUGGAAAUAUUACAGAAGAAUACCCCAAUGCCGAUGUUUGGUUGACUGGUCAUUCUCUUGGAGGACUUGUCACUACUCUCGUUGCGUUAACUUUUGGUCACCCUGUACUGACUUUUGAGUCGGUUCCUCAAGCAUUGGCAAUCUCUCGAUUGGCUCUUCCUACUCCACCAGGAUACAAUUCAGCCUCUGAAGCUCGUGAUAAUGUAGGUAUCUGGAAUUUCGGACACACCGCUGAUCCAGUAUAUAUGGGUACGUGCAAUGGGGCCACAUCACUUUGUGCUUUUGCUGGUUAUGCCCUCGAGUCGACGUGUCAUGCAGGAUUACGAUGUGUAUACGAUGUUGUUACAGAUUUUGGCUGGAGUGUAUCUCUAUCGACUCAUGGAAUCAGAGCCUCCAUCAGAAAUGUAUACAAGAAGUAUGAUAAAGCCCCGACGUGUGUUGCCGAGACCGAUUGUGUUGAUUGCUUUAAUUGGAAACGAGAAAAGGGGCCUCACUCUACUUCAUCAAGUACUACUGCAAGUACAAAAUCAAAGCCAAGGACUCGUACCGAAACUUGCAAAACUCCUGGCUGGUGGGGUUGCUUAGAUGAAGGUAGUGCAAGUACAACGUUCACGUCAACGACAACGAUAACCUCGACAUCUUGUAGGAGUUAUGGGUGGUUUGGGCGAUGUAUAGAUCCAACUGCUACUACGUUCACCUCUAAAACCACCGUUAUCGAGGCUUCGGCAGCUAUUCAAGAGGUUACUGCUACUGUUACGAGUAGUGAGGAUCUCGCUAGAGGACUCAAGACUCAACCAGUCCAAACACAUCAAAUCACUGCCUCUCCAAAAGCUCCGACUUGAGAAGAACCAAGUAUAAUACACGUUGACACGAAUUUGUGAUUGGAUACCGGAUUUUUUAUCAUACCAUUGUCUUGUUAUAAUUGGAGAAUAUAAGAUCUCCCCGCUGAUAUCUUUCGGGUGAUCUUUAUCAAAGAGUGAAGUCUGAGCAAGCAACAGAGCGACUUCUAGGCUUUGAUUCGGAUCUAGUUUCUCAAACGCCAGUACUGGGCAUCUAAGCAUGCUACCACCUCACCAACUUCAAUCAUUAUUACCAAGCUCCUCAUGCAAGCAUCAUGGCUCAUUACUGAUCAAAUGGUGGCCCGUUUUAGGUUUCAUUCGGGCGUCUAUUGAAAAAGAUUGAUUCGUGGGUUCAUUUCGUCCAUUCAGUGUCCGAUCUUUUGAAGGACAGAAGAGGAAGCGACUGAAAAACUCUUACAGAAGCAUAUAUUCAAGCACAUGUAUAGAAGGAUACUAUUACGUUUGUAACAUUAUUUAGGUAGAAUAAAUCAUAACACUCAGAAUGCAUAUUGUUUGCUAUUUAUACGAUACGCCGUUCAUUUCUCGUGGUCGCGAAAGUUCAUUCAAGAUCUCACUGGGUUCCGCGGCGCUUCCUGAUAAAUAAAAGGGGCAUUUUAAGUGCGUUCCAGGCAAUUGAGAACGGUAAGAUUGUUUAAAGCAGGGGAUGAUAUAUCGUUAAAGGAAAUUGCAGUAGGUGGUAAGUCUAGAGGUGUUGGGAAAGGGGAGAUUGAUAGUGGUAUUGGAAGUGGAAAUGGAAAUGGCGCUGUUUGAGGGAGAAGUGGUGUUAAGAGGCAAUAUUGGGUUAAGAAUGAGAGAGGAAGAGAAUAGACUCGAGAUACAAAUGAAGGAAACGCGGUUAUUAAAUGGACUUUUCUAUUACAGAUUGAUGUUUUUUUAUGUGAUUCAUAUUAUAGCUUCGCGACUUGGGAUGGGAAUUCUGGGAUUGUAGUACAAACUUGGUUUCCUCUCCAUGAGGUGGGAUUUGAUAUCUGGAAUAGCUGGUGGAGAAGCAGCAUUUGAUUUUAAGGAAGAUGGAUAGAGGUAGAGGUAGAGGUAGGAUCGGGUUCAUCUCUAGUCAGUGAUCGGUUGAAGAGUAGGGGGGAUAUAUGUAUAUCUCCCUCUCUCUCUAUAAAAAGGUUGAGUGGGUUUUCAAUCUCAUCUAGAAGAAUCUACGGACAGACAGACAGAUGGACGGACGAUAGAUAGAUAGAUAGAUACUAUCCAAUUUAUUCCUUCACAAAACACCCGUUAGUUAAUUCUAUCUCUGAAAAUGUAGAAUAUCCUUCCCGUUUACCCACGCACAUAUCCGCCUA